CCGAUUUUUGAUUUUCUUUAGAUUGAAACGUAAGAAGAGUUGUCAUGGAGAGGUGUGUUGUGAAUGGCAGCAUAUAUGGGCUAAGUUUUAUCUUUAUAUCAUCAAUAACAACAUAGAUAUGCAGUAUGAAAAGUGACUUUUGGCAAUCAUUGUAGAACUGCACCACACGCCUUAAUUGGGCUUAAUUAAGUUUUUGUGCAAUAAUUCAUCAAUCUAAAGCUAUGGAAAACACAAACAACACUAAUGGUAUAGUUUGGGAGAGUUUAGUUAUGGCUAAACAGGAAUUGUGUGACGAAAUCAUUACAUUUAUGGACAUGAAAUCAGAUGAAACAUCAGCUAUUUCAAGUUCAGAAGAAGUACAAACAAAUAUAUCAACAAUCUUUUCAAAUUCUGAAGAUAUAAAGCAAAAUGUAUCAACACAAUUUUCAACUGUUAAAGACAAAUACUCUGAGGAAACAAUGCAACUUUUAGCUUUAGAAGAUAAAAAUAUUUAUAAAACAAAGCCUUUGUUUAAUUUAGAAGAGAUGAAACAAGAUAACCCAACAUUUUCAUCUUCUGAAGACAUGAAACCAAAUCUAUCAACAGCAUUUUCAAUUUUUGAAGAUAUAAAACCUGAGAUAUUAACAAUUUCAUCUUUGGAGAGUGAAAAACAAAAUGGUUUCAAAGCACAGCAACAACGUUCUUCCCCAUCGGAUUCAACUGAUUUUAAAGAAAAUUUAGCAGUUUUAAAAUCAGAUCUUCAAAAUGAAUUAAAAGAACUCAAGUCAUUGAAUACAAAAUUGAUUGAUAAUCUCCCAACAGAAUAUCUGGUUAGCAAUAAGGGACUGAAGACAUACAAGUGUGAUAUGUGUUGUCAAAGAUUUUCCCAUUUUGAUCAUGUUAAACAACACAUAAACAUUCACACAAGGGUGAAUCCAUAUGGUCAUGAUUUUCAUCAGCAAGAAGUUGUUAUGAUCAGUCAGGGUGAACAGAUUAACAAAAUAAACCUAGAACAGGUAUACAAUAAGUCUAGUUUGUCUAAAAAGCUCACUACAAAGUCUAGUUUAUCCACACACACAAAUAUUCAUUCUGGAAUUAAUAAGCCAUAUGAAUGCUAUGUGUGUCAUAAAAAAUAUCAUAACAAAAAUUAUUUAGCAAACCAUAUAAAGAUACAUUUAGGAGAAAGUCCAUAUGAAUGUGGUGUGUGUCAUAAAAAGUUUACAAAGAAGAGUAAUUUAUCUAGCCAUGAAAUAGCUAUCCAUUCUAGUCUCAAGCCACAUAAAUGUGGUGUUUGUCAUAAAAGUUUUGCUCUAAAAUCUGCAUUAUCUAUACAUAAAAAUAUUCAUUUACCAGAGAGACCAUAUGAAUGUGUUGUUUGUCAUAAAUUUUUUUCUCAAAAAUCUAAUUUAUAUAGACAUAAAAAUAUUCAUUUACCAGAGAAACCAUAUGAAUGUGAUGUGUGUCACAAAAAAUUUAGUCAGAAAGGACAUUUAUCAGAACAUAAAAAUAUUCAUUUACCAGAGAAACCAUAUGAAUGUGAUGUGUGUCACAAAAAAUAUAGUCAGAAAGGACAUUUAUCAGAACAUAAAAAUAUUCAUUUACCAGAGAGACCAUAUGAAUGUGAUGUGUGUCAUAAAAAAUUUAAUCGUAAAGGUGAUUUAUCAGAGCAUAAAAAUAUUCAUUUACCAGAGAAACCAUAUGAAUGUGAUGUGUGUCACAAAAAAUAUAGUCAGAAAGGACAUUUAUCAGAACAUAAAAAUAUUCAUUUACCAGAGAGACCAUAUGAAUGUGAUGUGUGUAAUAAAAAAUUUAAUCAUAAAGGUAUUUUAUCUACACACAAAAAAAUUCAUUUACCGGAGAGACCAUAUGGAUGUGAUGUGUGCCAGAAAAAAUUUAAGAAUAAGGAGGAUUUAUCAAAACAUAAAAAUAUUCAUUUACCAGAGAGACCAUAUGAAUGUGAUGUGUGUCACAAAAAAUUUAAUCACAAACGUUAUUUAUCAGAACAUAAAAAUAUUCAUUUACCAGAGAAACCAUAUGAAUGUGAUGUGUGUCACAAAAAAUUUAAUCAUAAAAGUGAUUUAUCAAAACAUAAAAAUAUUCAUUUACCAGAGAGCCCAUAUGAAUGUGAUGUGUGUCACAAAAAAUUUAAUCAUAAAAGUGAUUUAUCAAAACAUAAAAAUAUUCAUUUACUUAAUUUACCAGAGAGACCAUAUGAAUGUGAUGUGUGUAAUAAAAAAUUUAAUCGUAAAGGUCAUUUAUCUACACACAAAAAAAUUCAUUUACCGGAGAGACCAUAUGGAUGUGAUGUGUGCCAGAAAAAAUUUAAGAAUAAGGAGGAUUUAUCAAAACAUAAAAAUAUUCAUUUACCAGAGAGACCAUAUGAAUGUGAUGUGUAGCACAAAAAAUUUAAUCACAAACGUUAUUUAUCAGAACAUAAAAAUAUUCAUUUACCAGAGAAACCAUAUGAAUGUGAUGUGUGUCACAAAAAAUUUAAUUAUAAAGGUCAAUUAUCAAUACAUAAAAAUAUUCAUUUACCAUUUAAUUAUAAAGGUCAAUUAUCAAUACAUAAUACAUAAAAUACAAUACAUAAAAACAUAUGAAUGUGAUGUGUAUCAUAAAAAAUUGAAGUAUAAAUGUAGUUUAUCAAUACAUAAAAAUGUUCCUUUACUAUAAUUUUAAAGGUGAUUUAUCAGAGCAUAAAAAUAUACAUUUACCAGAGAGACCAUAUGAAUGUGAUGUGUGUCACAAAAAAUUUAAUUAUAAAUGUAGUUUAUCUAAACAUAAAAAUAUUCAUUUACCAGAGACAAUAUGAAUGUGACAUUUAAUCAAAAUCUAGUUUAUCUAUGCACACAAAUUUUUACUCAGGACUUGAAUGUGUUGUUGGUCAUUAAAUUCUCUUUCACAAAGUUUUUUAAUUAUCUAUAUAUAAAAUUAUUGCUUUUGUACUAAUACCACAUUGUGGAGGCUAAAAACACACCAUUAAUGUUUGUCAUAAAUGACAUAAUACUCUUCAUUUAUAGUAAUAUUUGUCAUACAAAGUAUUACUAAUGAUUAAUAUGCUAUCUAGACAUUUCACACACUGGAAGAAAAACUACAUGGAAAGAAUGGAUGUCAUGAAUAACCAUAGCACAUUUAUUAUCUUGUACAAGGUGUUAUGGCUAGCUUUGUUCAGGUUUUUUGGAAAAUAAGAUGGCUAAAUUCUUACCCUUUACAUUACCCAUACAAUUAAUACAAACCAUUAAUCAACACCAACAUUUUAAAUGUACAAUUAUAAUUUGAAUCAUUGAAGUAAUACUUAUUCUAUAUUGAAUAUAAUUCAUUUUAUGCAAUUUUAAAUUUUGUAUAACUAAUUAUUUAACCCAUUAAGUUGAUCAUAAUUAUGAUAAUUGAAGUGAGCAACAAAAUGUAUUAAUUAAUGUAGCUGAAAAUGAUUAAAUUUUUAAGACAUAAGAUACAAUUUAUUAUUAUGAUUAUUA